AUGUCUGCCGAGAACGAUAACAAGCCAGUUGAGGAGGUCAAGGCUCCUGAGGUCAAGAGCGAGGAGACCAAGCCGCUCACUACUACCUCCUCUGUCUUUUCCAUGUUUGGUGGCGGCGCCAAGAAGGAGAAGAAGGACGACGAUGAGGAUCGUGGUGACAAUUCCGGUAGCGCUAAGGCCCAGCGCGAGGCUGCGGCUGCUGCCGCCGCUGCUGCGAAGGAGGGUGGUGAGGAGGAGGACCAGGCCCCCGAGUCCGAGGACGUUCACUUUGAGCCUGUCAUCCACCUAACGGAGAAGGUCGACGUCAAGACCAACGAGGAGCUGGAGGAGCAGGUCUUCAAGAUGCGCGCCAAGCUCUUCAAGUACGUGGCCGACACCCGCGAGUGGAAGGAGCGUGGCACCGGUGACGUGCGCCUGCUCAAGCACCGCGACAACGGCAAGACCCGUCUCGUCAUGCGCCGCGACAAGACCCUCAAGGUCUGCGCCAACCACUACGUCGUCCCCGAGAUGAAGCUGUCGCCCAACGUCGGCUCUGACAGAAGCUGGGUCUGGAACGUCGUGGCCGAUGUGAGCGAGGGUGAGCCCGAGGCGCUCACCCUGGCCAUCCGUUUCGCCAACUCGGAUAACGCCAACCAGUUCAAGGACGCCUUCAUCAAGGCGCAGAAGGAGAACGAGACGCUGUUUACAAAGCCGCGCAAGAUCAAGGUUGUCACCGAACAACACAACAUUGACAAGCCUGCUGUCAAUGAGGGGUUUCCCAUGAAGGAGUGGACCGUCGAGAUCUACGUCCUCGACCAAGAUGGCAAGGAAAAGCCUGCGCGGUGCUUCCACAAGGCGGUGUACCACCUGCACCCAUCGUUCGCGAAUCCCAUCCAAACCUUCCUGGAGCCCCCAUUCAAAUGUACCAACGAGGGAUGGGGUGAGUUCGAGAUGAGCAUCGAUCUGUUCACAACCGAGAAAGGCGGAAAGCAGAGCAUCAUGCACGACCUCAACUUUGCCGCGGCGCAGUACGAGAACAUCCACACAUUUACAUUCAAGAACCCAUCGCAAGCGCUCCAGCAGGUCCUCCGCGAGACCGGCCCGCUACCUUCGGACGAGGAGCGCAAGAUCAAGAAGGCGGACGGCAGCAGUAAAAAGAAGAAGGCAUUCGACGUCGAGAAGAUGGCGGACGGGCUGAUCAAGCUCGGUGAAGACGACCUGCUGCAGGUGAUCCAGCUCAUCCACGAUCACAAGGAUGACAGCACAUAUGUCCAGAAUAAUGUGGAUGCGGGCGAGUUCUCAGUCGAUUUGUAUACCCUCCCUGAUUCCCUGCUGAAAAUGCUCUGGGACCUGCUGAUCAAGCAGGGCGUCGUUGUUGCCUAA